AUGGGCUGGACGUACGGCACAAGCGACGAUGUGCUAACCGACGGCCCUAGAAUUGCGGCGGUCAGUAUAACCGUGACAUCCAUCGCGCUUAUACUGGUGUGCUUGAGAUGGUACGUCAGGACGACAGUGGUCAAAGCUGUCGGCUAUGACGACUGGUUGAUCAUUGUCUCUUGGCUCGGAGCUUGCGGCUACACGAUCUGUAGCGUAAUCCGUAUGGACUACUUCCUAGCCCCUUUUCUCGAUAAUGAAUCUAACAAACCAUCAGAGACGAAAUGGGGUCUUGGUAUUAAAAUCAUCGAUGACAUGCCGCCACAGAAUGUCUUGCAAUUUGGCAAGCUUCAAUACAUGGGUGGUCCCUUUUAUGUGCUUGGUAUCUGGGGCUUCAAAAUGAGCCUGCUUUUCUCCUACUUGCGAUUCUUCCCGGCCGGACCUUAUCGGAUUACAACCAUUAUCGUCGCCACAGCAUGCACAAUGGGUCAUAUUGCCUUUAUUUGUGUCUUUCUCUUCCUGUGCACACCAAUCGAGAAACAAUAUGACCCAACGAUCCCCCCUGAGGUGGGCCAUUGCGUAGAUGCUAUAGCAUUCUACUUGUCAUUUUCCUCCUUGACUAUAGUCUUUGAUGUUGUCAUUAUGCUACUACCCUUUCCUGUCAUCCUCACAUCUCAGAUUCAACGGCGGAAGAAAUAUGUUCUCCUUGGUCUCUUCAUCCUCGGUGUCUUCGUCACCGUUAUUCAAGCGAUCCGAAUCCAGACUAUCCAGAACCUUGUCAACUAUCUCGACUCUGCCAGAGCUAUCGAAUGGUCCAUUGUCGAGACUGAUACCGGCAUCAUAAUCGCGUGUAUCCCGACUCUAGCACCGUUAGUCAAGUACUUUGCCGAGAAAAGUCGAAGUAGCACUGCCGGCGGGUCGGGGCAAAAGAGUUCGAGAUAUGCGCUGCAGAGUUGGAGGACCGCCAGGACGGGUAUGCAGCCACUUGGAACCGGUGUCGACCGAGAGACCUCGGUCAGCGCUAGUCGGGCAACGGAACCCGAUGAUAGCACUGACAAUAUCCUGGAGCCGGCGGGUAUCACGAAGAGAACUGAGGUGCACGUGUCAGCACAGGAUGCUUGGACAGGCAAGGAAGAUAGGCACGAAGAUCAGCGGGUCUAA